GUGUGUGUGUGUGUGUGUGUGUGUGUCAGUCAGAAGGGGGCGCCUGUCGGCUCGUGGAGCGCGCGCUCGCAGCGCAACAGAGUAUCGGAGCGAGACGCGGAGAGAGAGCAUGGGGCGCGCGGAUCGUCUGGAAUAAGAAACAUCUCCCAACACUUCCAAAAACUUUCUCAACUCGGCCGAUAGAUAUGGAUACCAUCAUUUUGAGCUUGUUACUCCUGCAUUCGGCGUUUGGAAGCACGGGAGCCCAGUACAUACCCGCUCAAAUGGGACACGCGGAGAAAGGCGGCUGCACGUUUGAUGAUGGUCCAGCACAGUGUGACUACCAGCAGGAUCCUUACGACGACUUCGACUGGACACACGUCAGCGCUCAAGAAGUGCCCUACCUGCCCUCUGACCUGCCCCAGGGCUCGUACAUGAUGGUGGACACCUCACAGCACGAUUAUGGAGAAAAGGCUCGUCUGCAGCUGCCCGUGAUGAAAGAAAACGACACUCACUGCAUCGACUUCAACUAUCUCCUGUACUGCCCUGACGGCUCCAGUCCCGGGACGCUCAAUGUUCUGGUGAAGGUUAAUAAAGGACCGCUGGCCAAUCCCAUCUGGAACGUCACUUCCUGCAAUGGCAAAGGCUGGAUGAAGGCGGAGCUCGCUGUCAGCACUUUUUGGCCCAAUGAAUAUCAGGUCAUCUUCGAGGCAGAGGUGACAAACGGCAGAAGAGGUUUCAUUGCCAUUGAUGACAUCCAGGUGCUCAGUUACCCAUGCGAUAAAUCGCCUCACUUCCUGCGUUUGGGGGAUGUAGAGGUGAAUGCCGGACUGAACGCCACGUUCCAGUGCAUCGCCACUGUCCGUGAUGCUGUCAACAACAAACUCUGGCUGCAGCGGCGUAACGGAGAGGACAUUCCAGUGGCAGAGAAGAAGAACAUCAACCACAGGAAGUUUGCGGCCUCUUUCCGACUGAGAGAAGUGAGCAGCCAGGACCAGGAUCUGUACCGCUGCGUCACCCAAUCAGAGAGAGGAUCCGGCGUCUCCAACUUUGCUGCUCUCAUUGUCAGAGAGCCCCCGAGACCCAUCGCUCCACCUCAGCUGCUGGCCGUGGGGCCCACCUACCUGCUAAUCCAGCUAAACGCUAACUCCAUAUUUGGGGACGGCCCCAUCGUUAUGAAGGAGGUGGAGUACAGGAUGACGUCUGGAAGCUGGACAGAGACCCACGCCGUCAGUUCACCCAAUUACAAGCUGUGGCACCUGGAUCCCGACACCGAGUACGAGAUUCGAGUGCUGCUGACCCGUCCCGGAGAGGGGGGAACCGGACAGCCCGGGCCGCCUCUCAUCACCAGAACCAAGUGUGCAGAACCCAUGCGGACCCCCAAGAGUCUGAAGAUCGCAGAGACGCAGGCGCGCUUCAUCGCCGUGGACUGGGAGUCGCUGGGCUACAACAUCACCCGCUGUCACACCUUCAACGUCACCAUCUGCUACCACUACCACAAAACCAACCAGAGCAAAGCCGACUGCCUGGAGAUGGACCCCAAAGCCCCCCGACACGUGGUGGGCAACCUGCCGCCCAACACCAACGUCAGCUUGAAGAUGAUCCUCACCAACCCUGAGGGACGCAAAGAGAGCGACGAGACCAUCAUCCAGACAGAGGAGGACGUGCCCAGUCCAGUUCCCAGGGAGUUUGUGAGAGCGACUCCAUCAGAGGAUAAAAUCUCACUGCAGUGGAAAGAGCCUCUGGAGCCCAACGGCAUUAUAACCCUGUAUGAGAUCAGCUACAGUAGCGUGCAUUCGUUCGACCCGUCAGUGCCGCUGUUGCGUCCGCCUGUUCUGGUGUCUUUACCAAGGAACACGUCACGUCACAACUUUACACAGCUGCAUUCUGGAACCACCUACCAGUUCCUGAUCCGGGCCAGUACCAGCAAGGGAUACGGACCCCCAACCACACUCAACGUCACCACCAACAUAUCAGCACCUACUCUAGAGGAGUACGAUGGGUCGGAGGCGUCCCUGAACGAGACGGCCACUACCAUCACCGUCCUGCUGAAACCUGCCCAGGCUAAAGGAGCUCCCAUCAGCGCCUAUCAGAUCGUCGUGAGGGAGAUCACCCCGCACCGUGCACGGCGGGAGGCCAGCGGCGGGGAGUGUUACCGUGAGCCGGUGUCCUAUCAGACCGCGGCCAGCGCUGGGCUGCCGUAUUACUUCGCUGCAGAGCUUCCUCCCAGGAAUCUCCCAGAACCGCUGCCGUUUACUGUGGGAGACAACAAGACGUACCACGGCUACUGGAACGCCCCGCUCGCCCCCCGCAAAAACUACAACAUCUACUUCCAGGCGGUCAGCAGCGUGGAGAAGGAGAGUAAAACGCAGUGUCUGAAACUGGCUUUUAAAGGGGCCACAGAGGAGCCGGAGGUGAUUCCAGACCCGGCCAAACAGACCGACCAAGUGGUGAAAAUUGCUGGCAUCAGUGCAGCCGUGCUGGUCUUCAUCCUCCUGGUGCUCGUGGCCAUCCUGCUGGUGAAGAAGAGGAGGAGCUACUAUUCGUACUCAUAUUACCUGAAGCUGGCCAAGAAGCGCAAGGACGCCAUCGGAAACACCCGUCAGGAGAUGACGCACAUGGUCAACUCUAUGGAUCGCAGUUAUGCAGACCAGAGCACCCUGCACGCUGAGGAGCCCACGUCCGUCACCUUCAUGGACUCGCACAACUUCAGCAGCCGCUUGCCUAAUGACCCUCUCGUGCCGACAGCUGUAUUAGUGCCUAUCACUGACGAGAACCACACGGCCGCGGCCGAGAACAGCAGACUGCUGGACAUCCCGCGCUACCACUGCGAGGGCACCGAGUCGCCCUAUCAGACCGGACAGCUCCAUCCUGCCAUACGGGUGGCCGACCUGCUGCAGCACAUCAACCUGAUGAAGACCUCCGACAGCUACGGCUUCAAGGAGGAGUAUGAGAGCUUCUUUGAGGGUCAGUCUGCUACCUGGGAUGCAGCAAAGAAAGAACAAAAUCGAACCAAGAAUCGAUAUGGGAACAUCAUUGCAUACGAUCAUUCUCGAGUGAUCCUGCAGCCAAUGGAAGACGACCCGUCCUCCGACUACAUAAAUGCCAACUACAUUGAUGUAAGUGGCGAUGCCGCCUCCUCCUCCAUUGGCGAACGUGUGAGAAACGUCUCUCCCUCCCUCAUUUGGCUGUACAGGGAUGGAUACCAGAGGCCCAGCCAUUACAUCGCAACUCAAGGCCCUGUCCACGAGACGGUGUACGACUUCUGGAGGAUGAUCUGGCAGGAGCAAUCGGCCUGUGUCGUCAUGGUAACCAACCUAGUGGAGGUGGGCCGGGUGAAAUGUUAUAAGUACUGGCCAGAUGAUGCUGAGGUUUAUGGAGAUUUUAAAGUGACAUUUGUGGAGGUGGAGCCGCUUGCAGAAUACGUGGUCAGGACUUUUACUCUGGAGAGGAGGGGUUUUAAUGAGGUGCGAGAGGUAAAGCAGUUUCACUUCACUGGCUGGCCCGAUCACGGAGUCCCGUAUCACGCCACAGGACUGCUGUCAUUCAUCCGACGAGUCAAGAUAUCCAACCCUCCCACCGCUGGGCCUAUCGUCGUCCACUGCAGUGCGGGAGCCGGCCGCACAGGAUGUUACAUCGUGAUUGACAUCAUGCUGGACAUGGCAGAGAGAGAAGGAGUAGUGGACAUCUACAACUGUGUGAAAGCUCUGCGCUCCAGACGCAUCAACAUGGUUCAGACCGAGGAGCAGUAUAUUUUCAUCCACGAUGCCAUCCUGGAGGCGUGUUUGUGUGGCGAGACGGCGAUUCCCGUCUGCGAGUUCAAAGCCGCGUACUACGACAUGAUCCGCAUCGACUCUCAGAGCAAUUCCUCUCACCUCAAAGAUGAAUUCCAGACGCUGAACUCAGUGACUCCUCAGCCUCAGCCUGAAGACUGCAGCAUUGCGCUCCUUCCUCGAAACCACGACAAGAACCGUUUCAUGGACAACCUCCCGCCCGACCGCUGCCUGCCCUUCCUCAUCACCAUCGACGGAGAGACCAGUAACUACAUCAAUGCAGCACUCAUGGAUAGCUACAGACAGCCGGCCGCGUUCAUCGUGACCCAGCAUCCCUUACCCAACACCGUCAAGGACUUCUGGAGGCUGGUGUAUGAUUAUGGAUGCACCUCCAUCGUCAUGCUAAACGAGAUUGAUUUGGCUCAGGGUUGUCCUCAGUACUGGCCGGAGGAGGGGAUGCUACGAUACGGUCCAGUACAGGUGGACUGCAUAUCCUGCUCCAUGGACUGUGAUGUCAUUAGUCGUCUUUUCAGGAUAUGCAACCUGACCAGGCCUCAGGAGGGUUACCUGAUGGUCCGUCAGUUCCAGUACCUGGGAUGGGCGGGUCAUAGGGAAGUCCCCGCCUCCAAGCGCUCGUUCCUGAAGCUGAUCCUGCAGGUGGACAAAUGGCAGGAGGAGUGUGAGGAGGGCGAUGGACGCACCAUUAUACACUGUCUGAACGGAGGCGGCCGCAGUGGGAUGUUCUGUGCCAUCAGUAUUGUGUGUGAAAUGAUAAAGCGGCAGAAUGUAGUUGACGUCUUUCAUGCUGUGAAGAGUCUGAGAAACAGCAAGCCCAAUAUGGUGGACAGCCCGGAGCAGUACCGCUUCUGCUAUGAUCUGGCUCUGGAGUACAUCGAGACGUCAUAAUGGAGAUGUCAUCUCAUACAGACACGUGUGUGUGUGUGUGUCAGCAGCACACACUCGGCUUAUUUUACAUGUGACACGGGGUGUGUGUGCCCUGUAAAUGUCUCAGUUUGUGCAUCCGUGUUGACUUUCAUCAAAUUAAAGUGCCGGCCACCGGGACGAGGUCAUGUUUUUUAAUAUGAAUGUUUUUUUUAUUUUUUUUUUAUUUUGUGCAGCCAUCUGAAACAGUAAGCCCGAGCUGUUGCAUGCUGAAGACACUCUUAUUUCUUUGUCUAUAUCACUGUUCCUGUUAAUAACCGUGUAUAGUAGUACUCAUGUAAAUGCACACUGUUUUGAGCGUGUGACUUUGGCUCGAGAAGACUGCAUUCCUCACUAAUGGCUGGUUUAUUAUGUGUUCUUUUGAUUUCUGGUAGCAGACGAUGACCAUAAGCCAAAGACUUGUGUAAAUAUGUGUAUAGGGAUGAAGCACAUUGUUUGUAUUUAUUGUUUACUUGCAUUAUUGAAAGCUCAAAACAAUCAUUACCAUUCCCCGUUCAGACUCAAUUUUCACUGCUUUGUAGAUUUUACGUAUGAGAUGGAUUUAAGUAGUGUUAUUUUUGAUUGUGUUUGAAAAUUGUAUUUUCUCUUUAUUUAGAAAUCUUUUACAUGCUAUCGUGGUUUGCUUUAUGUAAAUGAUUGUGAAUUGUUCCUUUGCAGAGGAGAAAAGAGAAGAGCUCUAUUUUUUCUGACGGUUUCACAUUUGUAUUGUGCUGGAAAUGGGAGCGAAAAAAAAAAAAACACAAUGAAGUGUAUGAAUUAAAAUAUACACAGUAUUAGACUCUAGUGUAUU